CCACUCUUCUUUGAGCAGUUAUUAUUUUACUAUAAAUACAUACAAAUCCCUCCAUAACUUCCCCACAUUCACCAAGAUUUUCAGUUUUCUCUUGCGGGUAUUUCUUGUUUUUUGCUCUAAACCCCUCAAAGUUUCAAAUUUUCCAUUGUUGGUCCCUCUUGUUUUGCUUCAAAACUCACCAUUCUUGAAUUUUUCUCUUGUGGGGUGUUCUUGUUUUUGCCCAAAACACAUCAUUCUUGAAUCUUGAUCUUGUGGAGUGUCCUUAUUUUUGCUCAAAACCCCCAAAGAUUGAAUCUUGCUAAAGGAAAAUGGUGCGUUGUAGCAACAAUUUAGUGGGGAUAUUGAACAUAGUGACUUUGUUAAUCUCAAUACCAAUAAUAGGAGGAGGUAUUUGGCUAUCAAAACAAGCAAACACAGAGUGUGAAAGGUUUCUUGAAAAGCCAGUAAUAGCAUUAGGAGUGUUCAUACUGCUUGUUUCAUUAGCAGGGAUAAUUGGCUCAUGUUGUAGAGUGACAUGGUUACUUUGGGUAUACUUGUUAGUAAUGUUCUUGUUGAUUUUGUUGUUGUUUUGUUUUACUAUAUUUGCAUUUGUUGUGACUAAUAAAGGUGCUGGUGAGAAGAUAAGUGGGAAAGGGUAUAAGGAGUAUAGAUUUGGUGAUUAUAGUAAUUGGUUGCAGAAAAGAGUUGAUAAGAAUUGGAAUAGGAUACAUAGUUGUUUGCAGGAUAGUAAGAUUUGUCAGAAGUUGAUUGAUCAAGGGUCUAAUACUAAAGCUGAUGAUUUCUUCCAAGAACAUCUCUCUGCUCUUCAGUCUGGUUGCUGCAAGCCAUCAAAUGACUGUAACUUCGAGUACGUGAGCCCAACAAACUGGACAAAGCCAGCGAACUCAUCAUCCGUUACCAAUCCAGACUGUACUACAUGGAGCAACGAUCCAAAUGUACUGUGCUACGGCUGCCAAUCUUGCAAAGCCGGGCUGCUCGAUAACAUCAAGAGCGACUGGAAGAGGGUGGCUGUGCUCAACAUCAUUUUCCUCAUCUUCCUCAUCGUCGUCUACUCUAUUGGAUGCUGUGCCUUCAGGAACAACAGAGAGGACAAUGCUUGGAAGCGUUAUCCUUGAACGCACUCGACUCGACUGGUUAUGUUGCGUAUCGUAUCAUAUCGUAUAGACUAUAGAUCACUUAGUAUGAGUUUGUGUUCUUCAUUGUACAGACUCUAUUUCUUCUGAUAGACAGUUUGGAUGAUUUUUGAUAUAUGUGAAUUCCUAUUAUUGUA